AUGUCAACAGAACAUAGAGUGAUGCCAGAUUCUGGCCUACUACCCAAGAACUCAUCAGUUACGCCGUUUGAGCAGGAGCCAAGCGCCACUGUUAGCCAGGAGCCUGGACCUGAACAUGAGAUUAUUGAAAUACCAUCUGAAGAAGAUGAAGAUGAUGAUGAAGAUGAGGGCGAAAUGGGCAGACUGGAGCUGAGAUCUAGCAGCGAGUUGCCCUAUAUACAUGUAAAUCGCCGUACCCACCGCACGAUAGCGGAUGACGAAGACCAAGACGAAGCUGAUAGUGAUGAUGAAUACGAUGAUGACUAUAUAGAAGAAGCCGUGGUCAGUGUCUUAGAUCAGGAUGAACCUGAAGAAAUAUUGGAUGAAGAGGACGACGAAGACGUAGUAGUGAUAUCUUCCACCUCAAGUAGGCCGAUCUCUCCGCAGGAGGUACGCCAGCGGACCCAAGAACAACAUCAAAACUUAAGAAGGAGAGCUCAUGGAGGUCAAGGCGGAAGAAACAUUAGGAGAAGAAUAGCGGACGAAGACAUCCAGAUUGUCAACGAGAGGAGGAUUCCUCAUCGACCCAUAACUAGAAGUGGGGAGGAGAGUUUCAGGCGACAUAUAUUGCGCCAAAUGAUGGGCAGACUAGAAGUUCCGUUUGGUGACGUCCAAGGAAACAAUGAUCUUGAAGCUGACAUGGAGGCAAUACGUAGGCUAGACGAAGGACUGGUCAGGGAAAGACAGAUCGAAGAACAUAUAAGUAGUCUAUUGACCAGAGGUAAUUUAAGGGACUACUCCUUAACAUUUUUGCAAGGGAUACUAGGCCCAGCACACGAACAACAAGACGGUGAUGAGAUAGAGGCAUCCAUCUUGGCAAGAAUUGAACGAGACAAUGAAAACAGGGUAGACAAUAGACUUCAAAGCGAGAAUAUUUUCAAUAGGAAAGCACUACAGGACAAGAAGGAUAUUGCAGACCAGGAACUAGAGGGCUAUACCAAUGAUAUUAGCGAAAGCAUAACACCAGCAUGCGAAUUAUGUGGCGUCGUGCUAGGCGAAGGAUUGCCUGAAGAUUUCAAACCAAAUGUUCAGUAUGAUGAGGAGUUGAGUAAGUACCAGGAACUGUAUAGGGUUCCUGCUCCUUGGUUUUGCUUCAAACAGGUUACUCAGGUAGACAUUGACCUCUCUAAAAGAGUAUUUGCAGCCACUAGAUGUGGACAUGUUUACUGCGGUAGGUGUUUCAAGAAUAUUGGAAGUAGGGCAAGAAUCAGUAGAAAGAAAAGUGGAUUAAUUUCUAUUGAGAAUCCGAGGACUUACUCUCCAAGGACAUGUGUUGCGGACGGCUGCGGCUGCACAUUCAGAGGAAAGACACCAUUUACUGAGGUAUUCUUCUGA